CCAAACAUUGAAAGACGUCAUCUAAUAAUACGUGCGAAAUUUUCGAAAGGACGUUGAGCUUUCUUUGUGAAAAACACGAAAGUUCAGUGGCCGAUAUUAUCUACUUGCCUUUCGUGGGCAUAGAUGGAAACCGCUUAAGUGUUUUGGCAAUUUUAAUCAAAUAGUUUGACAAGAGAACAUUUUAAAAGCUCCGACUCCUGCAGUUCACUUGGCGUGGACCGUGAUCUGCUUUGUGUAAAUCAAGCCUGAUCGAUCUAUUUUUGAUUUGCAAUUGGAAUAAAGAAUCAAUCAAUAUGGAAACAGUAAAUAUCCAUGUGAAUGUUGAUGAUGGAACGCCACGAUUUCCUUUAACAUUUCGUGUUCCGCUGUCUUGUACGGUACUGCGUUUAAAAGAAAUUAUAGAAAGUCAAGAAGGAUUGGGAAUAACAGAACAAACGAUAUUACUAGAUGAAAUUGAGCUUAAAGACAGACUAACUUUGAGUCAACAAAAUGUAAUCGAUGAAUCAUUUCUAGAUUUACGAGUCAAUUUCGAUGAAAUCCCAUCGCCAACCCGUAAAAAAGGAAGUGUAUCAUCUCAACAUGAAGACUGUGUUGUACCUGAUAUUGAUGAUGAUGAAGAUGAUGUCUUUAAGUUUGACCGACCAAACAUUCCAACAGAUCCACGGACAUGGGAAAUUCGAGAUGUAAUGGAAUGGUUAAAAUGGGCAUCAAAAAUCUACAACAUCAAAAAUAUAGACUUUGAUAAAUUCAGAGUGAAUGGUAAAGGUCUUUGCAUGCUACCAAGAAAUGGAUUUGUCUAUAGAGUACCAAGUGGUGGAGAACAACUAUAUGAAGAUUUUCAAAUGAGGAUACAAGAGUCAUCUGGUGCUCAGCAACAUCAUCCAGUCUUUCAUGCUCCACAUAAUUUUCCUUACCAGAUGAACCAACCAGAAGUGAAAUUUCCAUUACAACAUCGUAAUUUCUUCCCAUCAGGCCAUCUGCCUGUCCCACUGCUGGCUCAACCACCUCACACAUUAGGGCCUUACUCUCCAGAACCAAGAUCACCUUUUGAAUAUACCCGUGAUCCCAAUUUCCUCUUUUUUCAAUUUUAAUUACAAAUUAAGAAACAUAUAUACUAUAGUUUGCUUGAUAUGUAUUAAAUAUAUAACUUAUUUGGGGAGAUGUGUUAUGACUGAAUGACAAGCCACUUAGUCAGUGGUUAAGACUUGCUAUGAGAGAAAGGGUGUAGCCUAUAUAUUGUAGUGGUGGGAAAAUAUGUGACUUGUACAUAGUAGAAAUAUUAGUAUAUUCUUGACGAAUGUAAGAAUUAAAACUACAUAUGUGCUUGGAUGGUAAAUACUUAUCAUGAAUGAUGCAGAGCAGGUUUCUGCAUUUUUGAAAACAAAGUCAUUGGCGGCAUCAAUGACGUAACCAGAGACAGAGUAACAAAUUAUUCUUGUUGACAUUCUGUAGACUGUAGUAGUUUUAAGGAAUUAUUGUUAAGUUAUUUUUAGAAGCAAAUAAAAUGUAUUCCUUUAUUU